AUGUCUCUUCUCGGUAUCAGUGUACAAUAUUCAAAGCAGCAUGCUGCUAGGUUAACAACUCUUGCUAAUAGUGGGAAGAAGAAGAAGAGAAUUUCGGAUUUCACAUACUUUCUCCUAGUCCUUCUCCAAUUAUUCAUUCUUCAUAUUAGUAUAAUUCAUCAUUCCGUACAUGCAGCAACAAGCUCUAGGACCAUGGCAGGCAUCUAUCGACAUUUAACUGAAAUAGACUCUGAUGCAUCCAAUUUAUUCUUUAAGGAUGUGAGAGGUGGUGGCUGUGCUGACAUUAAAACUGGUGAUUUGUUCAUUUGUGAUGAUGGACAAUAUAAGGUUUUCAAAAUUUCGGCAGGCUCUAAUGUUGCCACUCACUUUGCGGGCAAUGGUUAUCAAUCAAUAUCUUGUACUUCAUCUGCCUCAAACGGUCCUUGUGGAAAUAAUAUUAAGGCAACUGAGGCUGGUUUAAGACCACAUACAUGUGCCGUUGAUCCAGUUGAUGGCUCAGUUUAUAUUUUGGAUUAUUACAAUUCCAAUAUUAAGAAGGUGAACCAAACGAGUGGAAUUAUAACCUUAUUCUAUGGUAAUGGGUUAAAUUCACAAACACUCACCAAUCCUCACACUAUUGCUGUCUCACCAAAUCACAUUUUCAUCAUGGAAGACGGUAAAUCCUCCAACAACCAGAUUAGAAAGAUUGACAGAGCUACUGGCCUUUUAAUAGCAAAAUAUGGUGAUGCUAGCAACCAAGGUUAUCAAGGUGAUGGAGGUUUCAUCUCAGAUGCUUCAGUUAGGUUUCAAACUCCAGGUGGUAUUGCUGUUUCUUCUGAUGGUCUGUAUGUCUACAUUUCAGACAAGACCAACUCUGUGAUUAGAAGGUGGAAUACUCAAACCAACAUGAUUCAACGUUACGCUGGUACACCUCUUAGCUCAUGCGCAACUACCCCAAUGGCUGCAUGUGGUGAUGGAGGUAGCGCAUUAAGUGCCUUGCUCAGUUAUCCUCAGGGCUUGACUGUUCUUUCUAAUGGAGAUUUAAUAUUUUCAGAUUCUACAGUUUAUAGAAUUAGAAAAGUAGACUUUGUAACUGGAAUAAUUUCAACCGUCAUUGGUAAUGGUAAUAAUGUUUGGCCAUCAGCUUAUUACUUUUCUAUUGGACCUAAUGGCGAUGGCCAAAUUGGAACGAAUAUUAAGAUUUAUGUUUCGAACGAUGAAGCAAAAGCAGUCAAAUCUGUCUUUUCAUAUGGUACAACUAUUUACUAUACUGAAAUGAGUAAUCGUUUGAGAAUGUUAAAAGAUGGUGUUGUUACAUGUAUAGCCGGUACUCAUGAAUCUUCUAAUGGUUUUGGCAAUAAGAUGAUUAAUACUCAAUUCAAAAUCAAUCCAAAAGUUGCCUUUACAAAGAAUGGAACCAUGUACGUCAUGGCAGAUAGUGAAAUCUUUCAAGUUGCUCCAGAUACUACUAUUGUAAAGAAAAUAGCAGGUGGUUAUUCUGAUCCUAGCGCUGCUCUUGUCGGUUUUGGCGCUGGUAAUCUGGCCAAGUAUUCUCAAGUUUACAAAUCAAAAACUUACAUGGCCAUUGAUCAAUCCAACAAUGACAUUUACUUUGUGGACGACAAUUAUAUCAAAAAGAUUGAUUAUGCCACAGGUGUCAUGUCCAUCUAUGCUGGAGGUGGUGCUUCCUAUGCUAAUAACGUUGCAGCCACAGCAACUUCCUUAAAUACACCUAAAGGUAUAGCCCUCACACCUAAUAAUGAUUUGAUCAUUGCUGUUUUUGGAGAUCGUAUUGUUAGACAGGUCAGUAAGGCAACAGGAAUUAUUACAACCAUUGCUGGUAUACAGGCAACUGGUUGUAAUAGUGGAACCUGUGGUGAAGGAGGGAGUCCAUUGGCAGCAACCUUUGGAGGUCCUCAGGUAGUUGCUGUCAAUGCUAAUAAUGAAAUCUUCGUUGCUGACCCUAGUUUGUAUUAUAUUAGAAAGAUUUCAGCCAAUAGAAACACAAUUACCAAAUAUGUUGGUACAUUGAGAACUUCCUGCUCAACACAGCCAUGUGGUGAUGGUGGUCUUGCAACAAGUGCCACAAUUUUAACAGUGAAUGAUAUGGACAUUCAUCCAUCAACAAACGAGCUCUAUUUCUGUGAUUCUGAAAGAGUUAGAAAGGUUUCUUCGACUGGCUACAUUUCUACAGUGGUUGGUAAUGGAGCUACCUAUGCCAAUAAGGGAGAAUGGUCAAGUGCACUCUCACCGAUAUCUGCCAAGAGAAUUUCCUUCUCACCAAGUGGAACUCUCUAUUUCGAUGAUGCUGUCUCUAGUUCCUACUCAGGUACUUACAGUGGAUUCACUUUCUCUGCAAUCAGAUAUCUCGAUUCUAAUGGAAAUAUAGCCUCAGCUUCUGGACACUAUUACAAUGACUACUCAUUUUACAAUGGAGAGAAUACAAUUGCUUUGAGAACUAAAUUGAUGAGACCUGCUGGUUUAUUCAUUGAUUCUAAUGGAGAUAUUUAUAUUGGUGCAAGUGGUGGAAGUACUGCCGAUAGUGAAUUGUUUGCCUCAACACCAAGCAUGAACUAUGCCAGAAUUGCUAAAUUUGAUGCUACUACAGGAAGAAUCAAUACUAUUUUAGGAAACUUUUUAUUACCAACUGCUUCAAGUCAAACCGCAGAUAACACUUAUGCCUACCAAGCUUCCUUAAAAAUUCAAGAUACUUAUCAAAUUAGUGGUAUUCAAUUUCCUUUUGGACUCGCCAAAUCAUCAACCACAGGUGAAAUAUACUAUUCUGAAUCAGAAUAUCACAGAAUUAGAAAAAUAGAUUCCAAUAAUAAGGUAAUCACAGUUGCAGGAACUUCAACAGCAUGUACUCCAGCUUCUGGUGUUGCAUGUGGUGAUAAUGGAGCUCCUCUCUCGGCAACCCUUAAUUUCCCAACCAGUAUUGCCAUUGUUGGAGCCAAGAUUUACUUUUGCGACACAAUGAAUCACAGAGUUAGAAUGAUAUAUAAUAAUGUUUUAACUACAGUGAUUGGUGAAGGAACUGAAUGUACAACUGCUGGCUCUGCAACAUGUGAUAAUUCUAAUCCUCUCUUGACUAAAUUGUCAAAGCCAACUGGUUUAUAUGUGAGCUCAGAUGGUAAUACCAUUUAUGUAGCCGAUACAGGAAAUCACAAGAUUAGAAAGCUUUCCUCGGGAACCAUGUCAAUUGUUGCUGGUUCCACAAGUUAUUGUUCUACUGGUGCUUCAUGUGGAGCCAACGUACAAGCUGAUGGUAGCACAGCUAAACUUUACUAUCCAACCGGAGUUUCAGUCGAUGAAUCAAGAAAUGAAAUUUAUAUUGCUGAUCAAGGAACUCAAACUAUCAGAAAAGUCAGUUCCAAUAUCUUGUCCACCUAUGCUGGUACAUUUACCUUAUUCUCAUCAACUAGUCCUCCUCUGUAUGGUUUCGAUGGUUCCGGUGAUUAUGUAUCCAAACCAGUGAAUGUUUGGUAUUCAAAUCUUGGUAUUUACUAUACUGAAUCUAAAACUGGAAGGUUGAGAUUGUUAUUCCCAACCUGUCCACAAGGCAAGGUUGGCAUGAAUUGUGAUAUGGAUGGAUGUAAUGCCAUUCCAACAUCAUCAUCAUUGGUUUGUUCAGGUCAUGGUUCUUGCAGUGCAGGAAUUUGUACUUGCAGUUCUGGUUAUUAUGGAACCGAUUGCCAAAGCUAUGAUCCAACUGCAGCUUCCAUUGUAGUUUCUAAUAGUGGAAAUAGUGGAAAUAGUGGCAAUAGUGAUGGUAGUUCAGUUGUGACGCCUGUUUCAUACUCUUGCUUUUCAAUUGCUUCCACAAAUACCUCAUAUGUUUGUUCUGGACACGGAAAUUGCACUAGCUCGGAUUCAUGUUCUUGUAAUUCUGGUUAUUCUGGAUCUAGUUGCUCUAUUACAACUUGUAAUGGAAUAUCAAGUAAUUCUUCAAAUGUUUGUUCAGGAAAGGGAUCUUGUGUUAGUCUUAAUCAAUGCCAAUGCCAAGCUAAUUAUCUGGGAUCUAAUUGUGAAAUCACCAGUUGCAACAAUAUUCUUUCAAAUUCUGCACAAGUUUGUAAUAAUGGAAAGGGAACUUGUUCUUCUUACAAUAGUUGUAAUUGUAUUAGCAAUUAUUUUGGAACCAAUUGUGAACUCACAACUUGUAACAAUAUCCAAUCAAAUAAUGCAUUGGUAUGUAACUCUCAUGGACAAUGUAUUGGUUAUGACACUUGCCAAUGUUCCCUUAAUUAUUAUGGAUCUAAUUGUGAAAUUACAACUUGUUACAAUAUGUUGUCCAACAACACAUUGACUUGUACUGGAAAUGGAGUGUGUACUUCUCAUGACCAAUGUGAUUGCCACACCAAUUAUCUUGGAUCUGAUUGCUCAAUUACUACCUGUAAUGGUGUAUUAUCCAACUCCUCCGUUUCUUGUUCAGGUCAUGGACAAUGUAGCUCAUUUAAUUCAUGUAAUUGCAUAUCUAAUUAUUUUGGAUCUAAUUGUGAAAUCACCAGUUGUAACAAUGUGUUAUCUAAUGAUACUUUGACCUGCUCUGGAAAUGGAGAGUGUACAUCUCAUGACCAAUGUAAUUGCCACACCAAUUAUCUCGGAUCUGAUUGCUCAGUUACAACCUGUAAUGGUGUAUUAUACAAUUCUUCAGAUACUUGUUCAGGCCAUGGACAAUGUAUCUCAUUUAAUUCAUGUAAUUGUGCUUCCAAUUAUUAUGGAUCUAAUUGUGAAAUUUCAACUUGUUACAAUAUUUUGUCCAACAGUUCCGUUUGUUCAGGAAAAGGCAAUUGUACGGAUUAUAAUACUUGCAGUUGCGAAAAUGGAUUCUAUGGAGCAGAUUGUUCUGAAUUUAAAUGUAAUGGAAUACUCAAUACUGAUCCAAGUGUUUGUAAUGGAAAUGGAUCUUGUGUCUCUACUGAUAUUUGUAAUUGCACAGAAGGAUAUUUUGGUCAAUUCUGUGAAAAUCGUACUCAAGUUAUCAGUAAUGAAAGUAUUCAAUCGAAUGAAACAAACAUUACUGAUAAUUCCACUUCAAUUGAGAAUAAUUCUACAUUAGAAAUUUUAAAUAAUUCAACUCUCAAUGAUGGAAAUAUUACUCUUGUUGACAACUCCACAAUUGCUAACCAAACCAAUGUGGAAAAUUCCACAGACAUUACUAACAGUACAGUACUUGACAAUAAUUCUACAAGUGUUGAAAUUUCAAAUGAAACUGUUGUGGAAAAUAGUACUGCGAGUGAAACUAACCAAACAAUUUCUAAUGAGACAGUUACUAGCUCCAAUGAAACUGUUUCCUCUAAUAACACUGAUCAAGUGAACGAAACUAUUUCUAACAACACCACUUUGAUUGAUAACAACACGACCAUUUCAGAAAAUAUUACCAGUUCUGAUGUCACUUCUACUAAUUCAACUGAUAGUUUCAAUGCUUCUAGUAAUGCAAUGAAUGAAACCACGACCGUUCCAACUGAAAAUUCAACAAACGUUACAGAAAAUACUACCGUAGCAGACAAUGAGACUGUUGUUAUGAAUGCCACAACUAGUUCAAAUACUACAGCAAUUACUAAUUCAACUGUAACAAAUAAUACAACAACUACCAAUUCAACUGUAAAAACUAAUACAACUUCCAUUCCACCAAAUGCUCCUUCAAACAACUCAAUAACUAUAACAGAAUGUACUAAAGUUGAAACUUGUUCUAAUCAUGGAGAAUGUAAUGUAAAAGGUUUUUGCACAUGUUAUUCAAAUUCUAAUGAAGGAUAUUGGACAGGUUCUUCAUGUAGUACAUGUCAAAGUGGUUACUAUGGAGAAUCUUGUUUAACUCGAAUUGUAGGUCCUGUCAGAAUGACAUCUGAUUUUAGAGGUGUUGAAUUUUAUUUAUAUUCACCACCAAUUAGUGGAGUUGAUGUCGUAUGCAGUAAAUUGCUCCAUGCCAAUGACCUAACCAAUGGAAUUUACGGAAGCUCUUCCUUAGUCAAGUGUCAAUUUAUUGACAAGUCAACUUCUUUAUUCAGAAUUACAUUUGGAUCAAUGGAUUACAAUAUUAUCUUGAGCAUGACCUCAAUCAGACUUAACACGCUAGCUUUCAAUCAAAUUUUCACUCAACCUACCAAUUAUCUUUCAUUUGUAAUUCUUCCUCCGGUAUCUAUUGCUCCACCACAAGCAAUAAUCAAAAUGAGAAAUGUAGACAUUUACAGUUCAUGUGAUGAGAUUGCUGUGGAUGGUUCUUCAAGUUUCUCAGCCGAUGGUAAGACCUUAAUUUACACUUGGGCUCUGUAUAAUUCUAACGGUACGCUAUCAGUUAGUGAAAUAGUUCCAAAUCAAGCAAUUAUUUCUCUUAGUCCAAAUUUACCACCUGGUUCUUACUUUAUUACAUUAUUUGUAAAGAGUUCCUAUUUGGGAAUUAGUAGUAGUGUUACAUAUAGUAAUGUAUUUACCAAAUCCUCAAAGCCACUUCCUUCAUUGGUUGUUUCCAAAUCAUUAUACGAAAAAUACUCUAAUGAAUUCCCGCUCACUAUCAAAAAGAUAGUAACCGAAGCAUCUUGUCAAUCAAGCGAAGCAAUUAGUGUUGAAUGGGUACAAACAAGCGGUCCUUCAAUUGAAUAUUCAGUAGAUUCUGCCAAUAAUCUGCUAAUUUCAACUCUGAAAACAUUCGGAAUGAAUACUUAUAUUUUCAAAGUUUCUGCUUUUUAUAAUUCCAAUCCAAGUGCUCGUGUUUCUUCCCUUGUGACAUUGAAUACGAAAUCUCCAGAUCUUUUACUUGAACUGCACAUUCUCCAAUCAUCAAGUGAGUCUUCCACUAUUGAAGUAAUGUAUUCUGAUCCUGAAUCUACAGUGAACACUCAGUCAACUGAAACUUGGAAUUGGAACUCUACAAAUACCUUUUUAAAGGAUUAUCUACUUACUGUUUCCAAUUCAAAAUCCACUCUAGUCAUCAUUUCCACCUCUUAUUUCAAUGGAAAGAUUCCAAACUAUGUAGAUUUCACACUCACUAUUGUAAAAUCAGACGGAAGAUCAAUUUCCAAAUCAAUCAGAGCAUACUUUGUUAAUAUUCCACCUGUUUUGAAUGUUCUUUCCAUCGAACCGUCAACUAGUUACAUUUUAUCUGGUAAUACCUUCUCAAUGCAGACUCUAGUUUCAUCUCAAUCAUCCACACUGAAUAAUACUUGGUAUAUUAAUGGACAAUUAGUUAACACAGUAUCAGAAACUAGUUCAACAAGUACUGUGAUUAUUGAUACUUCAUUAUUGCCAGAAGGAUCUACGAAUAAUAUUGAAAUUUCAAGCUUUGAUUCUUCUACUGGAGCUACAUCAAGUGCUAGUUAUACUUUCCAAGUUGCAACCACUCCAAAACCUUGCUUGUGUGAAAUUACUCCAACUGAAGGCAUUGCUCUCGAUACUAACUUUAUAUUCUCGUGCGUAAAUUGCCAAAAUUCUGAAAAGACAAUUGACUUUAAUUAUGGAUUUGUGGAUGAUAGAUCUGGAACCAAGAUACCAUUGUACAACCUUGGAGAAAUUUAUUCUUCAAAGAUUCCAUCACCUUCUUCUGGAACUAUUGUGAAAUGUUACAUUGAAAUUGUGGACACAAAGACAUCUGCAUCUGUCAUCUCCUAUUAUGACAUUUCAAUUACUACACCUGUUUAUUCAACUAUUCAGGAUAUUGAAGGUGUAGUUCAAGUAUGGACAGAUACAAGUGUCAAACUCUCAGAGACUGGUGACAUUAGUCAGAGUAUUUCACAAUCUGCUUAUACCUCCAGAACUGAUGCCAUUCUAGUUAAGGAAUAUAUCAACUCACAGAGUGCAACAGCUAAGAGAUCGUUAGCUUGCAAGAAUGGUGUUGAAGUUGCGAACCAUUGCGAAUGUGCUGAAGGAUAUAUCGGACACAAUUGUGAUAUUUCCAUUGUAGAAUUUGACCUAGUUCAAAAGACAACUGUUUCUGUUUUGAAUAUGAUGGUCCAGUUGGCAAAUAUUAGUGGAGUUACAGAUGAUUACAUAUCAUUGGUUGGAUUUGGACUUGAUUCGAUUCUUCUUAAUAUUGAUUCCUUGACAUCUGAAGUAAUUUCACAAGUUUUGAAUAAUUUAAAUUCAGUUCUUAGAGUUGCCCUGUCAAGUGAAUUGAAAGUCGACAAUGCCAUUGUUCAAUUAUUUGAAAAUUGUAUCAAAUCAAUUUAUUCCUAUCUCUCAAAGAAGAAAGCUUCAACUAAUCAAUCAACUUCCUCUCUCAAAUUAAUUUCAGCUUCCAAAACAUCAAAUUUCUUGACAAGUAGAUCAUUAACCUUGGGUGGAACAGCUAAAAACAGAAAGGGUGAUUUCUACUCUGUCAAUACUAAUCGACAUACCGUCUAUGAUUAUGAACCUAAAAUUGUUGAUCCUACUUAUGGAACGAUUGUAGAAUUGGAUGGAAAUUUCUUGGCCAAGGCCAGUAAGGUUGCAUUGGUAAAGAAGCCAUUCUCGUAUAUUAUGAUUACAAUGCAGGAUGUUUAUGGAUUGAAUACCAAGUUGGCUUCUAUGGACCAAUAUGCUUCUAAGUUUAAAGAGAGCUAUGUCAUUUCGAAUAUUGUUUCGUUUAAUGUACUUGAUAAUGAUUUCCCAAUUGAUGAAAGUGGAGUCAUUUAUACCUUCCCAAUUAACAAGACCAGUCUUCUUAUGCUGGAACCUUCCUUGAUUUGGAAAUUGUAACCUCAAACAAUUCAUAUUCCUGCGUUGAUUUUACAGAUCAAACUGGUGAUCUUUCCUCAAAUUGUAAAAUAUUGAGCAUUAAUCAAGAUAUUGCCACUUGUAAAUGCUCUCGAUUCACCAACGUUUUCAUUGUUGAAACAGUUUCCAAAAAUAUCUUUUCCCUUUCCAAUUAUUUAAUUUUGGGAGUUGCCAUUUAUAUAAUUCUCUGUUUGGCCAUUGCUGCCACAAUUGGAUUCUGCUGUAUCAUGUACUGUGUGAAUAAGAGAAAGAGAAAGACUGUUCCACUCGAAUCCUCAACUCCAAUUCAAUUCAUGAGACCAAGAGGUUUUAGUUCACCUCCAGUGACCAAUUAUGUUUAUUAUGAUAACAAAGAAUUUUCUCCAGAUGCAAGAUUCUUUGCUCAACAAGUGGAAUCUCCAAACAAAAAGAAGUAUAAUAAUUAUUGGGAUUAUCCAACAAAUCAAUAAAUUAUGAACUUUAUUU